AGAUAAGAAAACUAGAGCCCCACCGUACGAUACGAUACGCCACGCCACAUUGCAACGGUCCACCACAACCACCAAUAUUUUCGCCAUUCUCGAAACUUCUUUUUUUCCGGUCGACGGGCGGAUUAACGGGAAGCCGUCCAACUAAAGAGCGGCGGCCAUGACACGUGUCCCCUUUACGGCGUCGUGUUCUACUUCUAUCCAUAAGUGUUGUUUGGUCAACACAAUAAAUAUCGGCACUACAUCACUUGCUGCAUUCCCCAAUUCCUUAGCUCUCCCAUUUGUUCCUCACACAAAAGCCACAAGCGUUCGGCGAAUUUCUGUUGUUGCGAUGUCUGAUCUGAGCAAAAGCACUGUUCUCGUCACCGGCGCCGGCGGCAGAACUGGCCAAAUUGUUUACAAGAAACUGAAGGAGAGAUCAGACCAGUUUAAUGCUAGAGGUCUGGUUAGAACUCAAGAGAGCAAAGAAAAAAUCAAUGGAGAUGACAGUGUUUACAUUGGGGAUAUAAGGAACACCGAAACCCUUGCUUCACCGAUCCAAGGUAUCGAUGCUCUUAUAAUUCUCACGAGCGGUGUUCCAAAGAUGAAACCUGGGUUCGACCCAGCUAAAGGUGGCAGACCCGAAUUCUAUUUCGAAGAUGGAGCAAACCCUGAACAGGUUGAUUGGAUUGGACAGAAGAAUCAAAUAGAUGCUGCAAAAGCUGCUGGAGUGAAGCAAAUCGUGGUGGUUGGAUCUAUGGGAGGAACAAAUCUUGAUCAUCCCUUAAAUAGCUUGGGAAAUGGAAAUAUCUUGGUCUGGAAGAGAAAGGCCGAGCAAUACCUGGCCGAUUCAGGAAUUCCAUACACGAUAAUUAGGGCUGGAGGAUUGCAAGACAAAGAAGGUGGUAUAAGAGAGCUACUAGUUGGAAAAGAUGAUGAACUUCUUCAGACAGAAACAAGAACCAUUGCUAGGGCUGAUGUUGCAGAAGUUUGCCUUCAGGCACUGAAGUUUGAGGAGGCAAAAUUCAAAGCAUUUGACCUGGCCUCAAAGCCUGAAGGAACCGGCGAGCCGACGAAGGAUUUUAAGGCUCUGUUUUCCCAAAUCACUACUACCUUCUGAUUAACGAGCUCUGUUCUUCGUUGCUUGAAUAAAUCUCAUCGUAUUUAAUCGGCAUUUUGCUAUGUGUACUAUUACAUUAUGCGAUGACAUACAUGUUCUGUUAUGGCUCAUGAUUAGUUGAUGUUGUUGAUCAAUUUGCUUGUGUUUUA